UGUUGUUGUUUUUUCGUUCUGUGUGGAAUUAUGAAACAUUCUUUAGACAGGUAUUACAUCACACACGUGUUAACUAUCACCUUACUGAGCUGGACGUCAGACACCCUCACCCCUGUCCAGGCCCUCCAGUGUCCGCCCUGUGGAAGGAUACACUGCCACCCAAAGAAGGCGUCGCAGCUCAAGUGUAAGGGGGGUGUCACGACGGGUAUCUGCAACUGCUGUCCCAGCUGUGCGAAGAUUAAGGGGGAGAGAUGUGGGGGCGACUAUAACUACAUGGGUAAAUGUGACAGGGGACUGACGUGCAAUACCAGGCUCGGGCAUGCACUCCUCUUUCCAUCCCAGCAGGAACCGCUCGGAAUUUGUGAACGAAUGACAAGACAUCAAGCUGACGAGGGGUUUGCAUCUCAUUGUCGACCAUUGUGUACUCCCGAGUUUUGCCGAAGACGCCCGAGGGCGGUGUGUUCAGCAAGAGACGCCGCGGAGGAGAGGAUGACGUGCCAGGGGGACUGUCAGCACACGGCGUGCACGGCGUGCCGCUUCCUACGUCGUGCCAGCUGCGCCAAGUGCAGAAAGGACGAUUUUAAAUGCCUCAAGAAGUUCGGCAAAUGCAUAAAGAAACAUUCAUGUUCGAGAAAACGAUUCCCCUGCAAAUGGAGAGGACUAAAGGCUACGGAAACUGGCACAUUCGUGUGUAAAAUACCAGGAUGUCUUGAGCCAUGACAAGCAACAGACAGCUGGGAAAAAAAUACACAUACACACAAAGCCAGAUUCACUGUUCGGCUUAAAUCAUGGCGAUAACACGCUUAUCGGUCGCUAACAUGGUGGACGGUUGACUUGUUACUACAACAGUAAAUAAUGUGUCGACAAUUAAGUCACACUGAUAAAUGUUGUACGCCAGGAGAAUUUGUGAAUUUAAUCCAUGUUUCAAUGUACUGUUAAAUCGGAUGGAUUUUUUUUGCCAUUUAAACCAGACCGUGAUUUUUGCUAUUUAUCUUUAUGGUAUUGCCAUACAAUAGUAGUCACAGAGAGAGAGAGAGAGAGAGAGAGAGAGAGA